UGGACGUUUUCAUUGACAGAUGAACCAAAUGAUGGAGACAUGCAAGGAUAUCAUUUUUAAAAGAUAGCAACAUGGCGACGACUAUUACCUCUGUGUGGGCUAAAGGGCAGAAGCUGUUCAAGUAUUCUGUGAAUCUGAACCAAGCGACCAGGAGUUUUUCAGAGAAUGGCGACAAAGGCUGGCUCCGUUCCAUAUUUGAGCACAAAGUCGAUGCCAGGAAAGAUGCCCACUCCAACCUGCUGUCAAAGAGAGAGACCAGCAACCUGUACAAAAUCCAAUUUCACAACGUCAAACCAGAGUGCCUGGAAGCAUACAACAGUCUAGAGGCCGAGGUGCAAAACAGGCUCCAUCAGGACCAGGAUUACCCAUGUGAGGUGGUGGGAAGCUGGAAUACCUGGUACGGAGAACAGGACCAAGCUGUGCAUCUAUGGCGGUACAGAGGAGGCUACCCAUCGUUGACUGAAUGUCUGAUGAAGUUGGACAACAACAAGGAGUACAAAGAGUUUCGGAGAGAGAGGGCUAAAAUGUUAAUUUCAAGGCGAAAUCAGCUCCUUCUGGAGUUCAGUUUCUGGAAUGAACCCGUGCCCAGACCAGGACCCAACGUCUAUGAAAUGCGAACCUAUAAACUCAAGCCAGGAACUAUGAUUGAAUGGGGAAACCACUGGGCGAGGGCGAUCAAGUACAGACAGGAAAACCAAGAAGCAGUGGGCGGGUUCUUCUCACAGAUCGGCGACCUUUAUGUUGUUCAUCAUUUGUGGGCUUAUGAAAGCCUCCUGUCCCGCAAGGAGACCAGGAACUCUGCCUGGCUGAAGGAGGGAUGGGAUGCAAAUGUAUAUUAUACAGUGCCUCUGAUCAGAAGCAUGGAGUCUAGAAUAAUGAUUCCCACCAAGAGUUCACCUUUGCAAUAAGAAGAGGACUGAAACUGAGAACAUCUCUCUGACAAAAACUCAUUCACCAACGGCCUGAGCAACAUGUCGUUUUGUUCUUUUAAUCUGCUGGAUGAUCCGUAUUAUGUUCAAAUGCAAGUUUUUCAGUCUGACGGAGACGCCGGAGAACUACACCGUCGUCCUUGACGAGGAAGGAUUCAAAGAGCUCCAGCCCUCCGAGCA